AUGGCCUUUACUUUAUAUCCUGUCGGUGCUUCAAAGAAACGUACAUUAGUACAUUACUUAGAUAGCUGACCCUGCGUUGGGUAAAGUAAAUUUAAUUGUGUCUUGCAUGUAAGUAAUGUUACAUUUUCUUCUUCUGAGAUGAAUAGUCAUGCAAUUUCUGAUAAUAUUCUAAUGUAAUAUUUUAUUUCUCCAGUACAUGUAAUUUUGGUAGAAAAGUUUGUAAUUUCGGCUGUUUAUUGAUUUGCCUGUACAAAUUUUAAAUUUUUCUUAUCUAUUUUGUUCUGUUUCUUUUUUAUUUCUUUCAGAUUCACAAAUUCUUCCAGAAAUCCUUUCUCCUGGUUUCAAAAUCAUUUAACUUUCUUUUUCAAAAAUCUUUUCUUUUCCAUUUUUCCUGUUGUUCUUAUAAUAAUUAUUGUUAUUAUAUCUUCUUAUCUCUAUAAUUCCUCUUCUUUGCAAAAAAAAAAGACUGUGAAAUGAGUUCACCAUAAUUUUCUAUUGUAUAGAAACGUAGAGUACUAAUUAUUUUUUAUUCUUCCACGACGAUGACCACAGAAAUUAAAGGGAUGUUCCAAGACCGGCAAGUUUUACAGUUGUUCAUAAAAAGAGCAUCCAAGGGAAUCGGAGGUGUAACGGAGAAAGAAAUUAGGGACACGUGUCGUGCACGUGCAACAGAAACACCGUGGAAGGGUUUACUCUGGGUCGCAUUAUCGCCCGACGACUUUUCCUCCACCGAGAGCCUCCCUGUUGUUCCUUAUCAGAUCGAUGAAGAGGCGGAACCAGCAGCCAGGCAACCAAGGGUUGGCAGACUCCACCACCAACUAGCUCGGCGAAUAGGGAUGCAGCCAGACCUUCAACCCCAGAAAUGGCUUCCCUCCCGCUUUUCUCUUUUAGUUUCGACGGACCACCUAAAUCCACAGUGCUCAUCAAUGUUCCACAGUUCCACUUCACCUUUCUGA